GGCAGGAAGAGGCUCGCUGCGUCGCCCGCGGCGCACUCGGUCCGCGCCGAGUCGUUCGUCCGUCCUCGUCCCUUCUCGGUCCCUUCGGCGCGCGGCGAGGAUGCGAUCGCGCCGCGACGCUGCCUCGAGAGACGUGUCCCGAGCCCGGCCGACCGAGCAGCAGCAGCAGCAGCUUUCCAACGAGGGGACGCGUGCAAGGUUAUGGGCGUGCUGCGAGUCCAGCGUACGAUCCUCGCGUGCGUCGGGAAAAAUUGCGUGCUUGUGGCGACUCCGCGCAUAAUCAGUUACCGCGCGGCCGUUCGGAAGUGAAUGUUGCGAGUGACUGUGCACCGUGUGCUCUGUGAGACGGAAUCAUGACGCGAAAGUUGAGCAAGUUUCUGAUACUGUUCGACAACACGAACCUCCUGUACUUCCCGGGCCACUUCUUGUCGGGACGCGUGAUCAUCGAGCUGGACGACGAGGCUUACGUUUCAGGGCUGCAUUUCCAUGUGAUCGGCGAGGGAGUGGUGCGCGUGCGCAGCCAGCGCGCCGAGAGGGUCUACGACAAGGAGAACUACAUAGAUUUUCGUAUGAGACUGCUGGGGGAGCCAGGAGAAGGACCGUCGCUGCUGUCCCCGGGGAUCCACAGCUUUCCAUUCAAAUUAGGCCUGCCCCUCGGCCUGCCCUCCACUUUCCUCGGCAAGCACGGAUGGGUGCAAUACUACUGCAAGGCGGCGCUCCGCGAGCCCGGCGGCCUGACCCACAAGAACCAGCAGGUGUUCAUUGUGAUGAACCCCAUCGACCUGAACCUGGAGCCGCCGAUCCUGGCGCAACCGGCGCGGCAAGAGAUCGAGCAACGGGUCGGCGUCUCCUGUGUCUCCGGGGGCCCGGUGUUCUGCAGGGUGAGCCUCGACCGAGGCGGAUACGUUCCCGGCGAAACUAUUGGCAUUUCUGCGACCGUCAGCAAUCGGAGCAAGGUGACUAUGAAGUCGACUAAAGCAUCCCUGACCGAAACAAUACAGUACCUGUGCAGAGGUAAAGUGCUUGCAAGUGAGACACGAGAGUUGGCGAGUGUUUCCAGGGGGAAAAUUCGACCUGGUGAGGGUGAGGAAUGGUUGAACGAGCAAAUGUAUGUUCCUCCAUUACCACCCACCAAUCUACGGGGGUGUCACCUCAUCAAUGUUCUUUAUCAUGUUUACUUUGUAAUAAGCCCAAAGAGUUUGGAUAAGGAAAUCAAGUUGCAAAUACCGAUUGUCCUGGCUACGUACCCUUUGAGACAAGAAGGCGCACCAGCAGGAACUGCCCCAUCGAAAAGAGGAGCACACUACCCGUCAACUCUGCCAAUAUUUCGCCCAUGGCUGGACGACAAAGCUUUUGAAAUACAAGAGUGAAUGGAGUUUAACUAACUUUUGAAACAAUGACCAUUCCAAUGUUUGGAAUAAUGAUAAUGUAAAGAAUUGUUACUCUGUGAAGUUGAACUUUCACUCCUCGGUAAUGUUAAUACGCUUAUAAUGAUACUUAUACAAUGACAUGCAAUGAAAUAUUUAUAAUUCUGUUAAGAAAACUGGAGGAAGACUAAAAGCACAGAUAAAUGACUGGCGAAGAAGCUAUUUUUAAUAACACAUUCCAUUACUUUUUCUAACGUUGCCCAUUUUUCUAAUAUGACUUAAUGAAAUUGUUAAUCAAUUAGAGCGUAAGUAUGUUGCAUCUUGAUCGUUGAUGUUUAGUACAUGUUAUAUUGUGAAUAAUUGUUCAUAAUAUGAGAAUGUUAUAUAUUAUGAGCUAUGAAAAUAUUGUAAACAGUGUUGCUUAUCGUUAAUGGAAGUAUGCGUGUAAGAAAUUUCAUAUACACACCAGAAAGAACUUCGAAGGCGAGCACAGAUUCUUUCUAGCAUUUAUUUAAUAGCUACGAGUAAUGCUGUUGUUAACAAAAAUGACUCUUAUAUACUGUAAUGAAUGUAUAAAGUUAAUUUUUUUAUUGUAUAAAUUAAUUUAAUAUAUUAUAUUGUCACCAUUGCCAUAAUUUUAUAGGGGAUGUAUUUAAUUAAAAGUUUUAUGUUACAUCUAAAUUAAAUUAAUCGAUAAUUUUAGUGUAACGAAGAUUAUUAUUUAAAUAAAAUUUUAUAUUUAACUCAAAUUGAAUUAAGAAAAUGUUAUUUAACGACAAAUCAUUUAAAUAACAUUAAUCUAACAUUCCAACUGUUCAGCAGAUAUAUUUAAUUAAAAGUUUCAUAUCAAAUAAAGGAUUAACUUCACUGAAGAAAAAAUUGUUAUCAGUAAAGUUAGUUUUAAUAAAAUUUUCAAAACAGAUGUUACUUAAAUGAAGAUAAUAUAAAAUUUUAUUUUUACGGAGCAUUGAUUUAACUAAAUAUCAGAUAGUAAAUUUAAAUUAAGGAAAUUAUUGAAGAAAUAUAUAUGUACUUACUUAAGUUGUUCUUCGUUAAAAGGGUACGCCUUCUAAGCAUCACAACGAAGGUGGACAAGGCUGUCUCAUAACUGUCCGUGUACCAACAUUAACCAUGGGACCAAGGAGAUUGCUGUCUGCGUCAACACCUUUGCCUUUAAGCUAGGUUUAACACUUUGGACACUAUGCGUAUAAUUUCAGUACCUUCGAAACUUCUUCCAACUCUAUCACUCAUAUUCCCUUAUUUACUUCGAAAAGUUUUUCAGUCUGACCGUACAUCACAUCAGUUUUUCAGAUUUAAGUAUAUUGUUCCCUUAAUUUAUUCGCAUUUCUCUAUUUGGGAUUAUCACAUUACCAAAAUCUCUACCCUGAUAAAAACAUAUUCUUUUCAUGUCUAUCUAUCGUUGAGUAUGUUGGAUAGAUCUAGCAUAGUUUCUUAUCUGAAAUCUUUUUUAGGAACCAACAUCAGUACGGAACCAUAAUUUAGUUCUAGAGUCAUUAUCAUAUCUAGUAAAAGGAGGUAUAGUACAAUAAUCAUUUUUUGACUUUGAGAUCUUUGACAUCUCAAGAUUUUCUCAAAUGAAUUGACAAGUUCUCGAAUCAAAUUACCAUUUCUCAGGACUUUCAGACUUUCAAAUAUCAAUAAUUAGGUAAUCGAUUCAAUGAAUCUUCUCUCAAAUUAAAAAAUUAAUAUUUCUGCAGUUACUGUACUCGUAUCACCUUGAGUUUCUCCACAUUUAUUAACUUUUAACGGAUGUGGAAUUAUGAAAAAAUUGAGAGAGUUAUACGUAAAAUGUAUCUGUUUUUUGGUUCAGACGUACACUUACAAAAACCAGACGUUCCAUUAUUGAAGAAUCUCUGAAGGACUGCUGCGGGAUGCAGCAGAACUGUUUGUACGUUGGG